CUUGCUGUGAUAUCCAAAGACUGAAAAUCAAGAGAGCCAGAAGUCCGAUAAAUACCCCCCCUCCGCCGCCGUCAAUUACAAUCUUCAUCCCAACAGCAUCUUCUCAUCUCACACUCACAACCACAUCCACUCUUCACUCUCCACUCUUCAAACAACUCCUUCUCUCUUCUACCAUCCCCAAACAAACAAUUCCAACUCUCAAAAUGGUUUCCAUCAAGUCCCUCAUCGUCUUCACCUUCGCCGCCUUCGCUGUGGCCUCGCCCAUCCUCAACGGCGGCGCCGCUGGUAUCCAGUCCCGCGACAUCAUCGAGGACACGAUCCAGAAAUCCGGCAACAAGAACGACUUUGUCAGCCCCAAGUCCAAGCAGGAUGACACCGUGAACGCGCCCACCAACGCCAUGAACUGCGGCAAUAACCACAAGAUCUCCUGCUGCAACACCCAGGACAUGUCCAAGUCCGAUGUCACUAGCCUUCUCAACCUCGACCUUAAGCAGCUCAUUGAGGUCUCCAAGUGCGCUCCUAUCGCCAAGAACAUUCCCAUCGCUGGAACUGGCAUCGGUGGAACCGUCAAUGGUGAGUUUCCUCUUGUCCCCUUACUUUCAACGGACCAACUGACCGAUCUGUUACCAGCCCUUAGCGGAAACUCUAAGGACACCAUGUGCGAGACCGGCCCGGUCGUCUGCUGCCCUGUCGGAAGCGGCAACGUAAGUACCCCCCAUUCUCGUCCCGCACCACGAGCAGAUACUAACCUACCUAAUAGAACCAGCAAAACGGCAUCGUCAACAUCGGCCAGACCAACGUCGCCAACUGCGUGGUCGUCCAGCGUGCGCUCUAGGUCUAAGCUCAACAGCCUCGACCACACUACGAGUAGUAGGGGAUUGAACCGGGAUUUAAUGGGGGGAUUGGGAUUGGGAUUGGGAUUGGGAUUUCUUAACUUUCCUUUGUCUCCGUUUGAGUGAAGGCUCGGGGAACGCUUAAUGUUUAACGCUUGUGUUUGGAUACAUGCUUUACGAGAAUGAUAGUUGCUUAUUUUAAACCCUAC